CACCUAGCACCGUUACCCGCCGAAAUAAUCACGCAAGGCUAGAGAUCUACCUGUGAAGCAUUCAACGCUACUACACACCAUUCACGCGCGCAGCACUAGUUGAACCCACGCGCCUUCAACAUGUUGCAACCGCCUCGAGAGCCGGCCUCGAGGCCGCUCAGCAUAAGAACAACUGGCACCACUGCGACUCAGGGCGACAAGACUGGAGAAACCUGGAAGAUGAACGUCACCGCCGAAAACUGCUGGGAGGACCUUAUACUUACGCUGGAUGGCGGGGGUAUACGCGGCUAUUCGAGCCUCCUUAUCAUACAACAGUUAAUGCACGAGAUCGCCGAAUGUGAGCGCCGAAUACAAGAUGAAGAGGGUCCAGUCCCCGGCACCGAACGCCGCGAAUUCAAAGAGGACGAGCUACUCCCAUGUCAUUACUUCGACUACAUGUAUGGCACAAGCACUGGUGGACUCAUCUCUGUUAUGCUUGCCAGGUUGCGCAUGACUGUGCCGCAAUGCCUCGAGAUCUAUCGUAAAGUCGGUAAUGAACUUUUUGGGCAUAGGAGGAACAUUCUACCCCUAGCUACAAAGUAUGAUCAUAAACCGCUCGAAAAGGCAGUGCAAGAUAUCGUAAAGCAAUAUUGCAAAGAGCAUGGAAAAUGCACAGGAGACGACUGGUACCCUUGGCGCUCAGAGGAAGAUCAAGAACAAGUCCCUAUGGAAGCAUCGGGUGUCGGUUCUCUACGAAGUGCAACCACAUGGGGUAGCGGUGCUCCAGCUACCAAUUUCAGGCCAGUGGAGCGCAUUUGUCAAUCCAUCUGUCUAACGGCUAUUCAUUCUGGUCAAAUCGAUGAAGCCUAUCUCCUUCGUUCUUAUAACCACCAAUACGAUCCCGACAUCGCUCCAGCAUGGGUUACACCAUACAAUACUGGUGCUGACAAGAUGAAAAUCUGGCAGGUGACAAGAGCAACCUCAGCUGCACCAUUUUACUUCGAGAUGCUCACAGCUGAGUUUGCGAAUGGUUUGAAGAAGAAUUUUAAAGACGGUGGAAUUCGCGAAAACAACCCUUCAUAUGCUGCUUACAGUGAACACGCCUCACUAAAGGGGGAUGACAAGGAACCAGCCCUUUUACUCUCAAUCGGAACCGGACGGCCAGAUACAUCCAAUGACGGUUUCGCCACCGCCUGGCCUGGACCGUUGGGCAAAGUCAAGGCACUGCAAAAGUGGAGCGAAAAAUUGGCAGUUUUCAAGAAUCUCUUGAUCAAGUACACCGAAGGUGAAGACCGACACAAGAUGAUGCGUACAAUUGCCAAGGGAGAGCAUCGAUGGUACAAGCGUCUGAAUGUCGACAAAGGACUUGAAGGGCUACCGCUUGAUCACUGGGUGAAAGGAAAAUGGACGAACCCUCAAACCAACGAAACGAAAGUAGUGAAUGGAGGAAAAACCCUUACGAUCAUGGAGACGGUGACCAGGGCGUACCUUGACAGGAUAACUAUUGCAAGCCCUGGAAACUUAACCGAAUACCAACCCCCCAAGAUCGUUCUCAAGCAAGUCGCAGAAAGAUUGGUGCGCCAUCGAAGACUCAGAGAAGCCACUAAAGGAGAAGACCUCAAGAGGUGGCAAACACACAUGGGACAAUGGCUGACGGGCGAGCUGAAACCCGAAGACGCGAAAUUUGAGCGAGUUGCACCAAAGUCAAGGAAAGGCUCGAGAGCCUUUCUCUCUUCACCACGCCCAAUGACGCCCACUGGAAAAUGAAGAGAACAUCGUCUUGGAAGCAAACGAUCUUUGGACUGCCAUCUUCAUCGUCGCCCAGCCAUUGCCGGGCGACUGCGUUUCGCAACUGCAACACAUUACACAUUGCUGCACCUUCACCAUCUGCAACAAUAUUUGUCGUUGCCUGGCGUAAUCAGCCUUACCGAAAACACCUUGACCCUACCGCCGGCUCAGUGUUCUUCCCGUGUCGAGCCGAGCUCUGGACGCACUGCUCACUGCCUUGCCAUAUUUCAGAAUUCACUUUGCAAUCAGCGACCAGUCAUCACACUUCUGCAUUGAAGAAGUCAUACUUGAAAAAAAAGUGAUAAUAGUUGUGUCAUUGAUUCGUAAAUGCAAUAGCAAGGGCAAAAGCCAUGCGACAAAGAGAUAUCAAUAAAGGCAUAACUCCCUUA